CUAAACGAUUCCCGCAAGCAUAUAAACAGUCUCACACAGCUGGAUGAUUACCACCGCCUGCUCAUGGCGAUUUCUGAGAACGACAUCCCCCGCCUACAACAAAUCAUCAAUGUUGCCAUGGGCAAUGGCGCUAGCAUCCGCGAAGUUGUCAACAAGAUCGAGGACGCCAUAGAGGGAACCUACCGACCACGGGGCUAUAACGCUUCUGACCUUGAUAUUGCCAUGCUCAUCUAUCGAUUGGGCGGUCGGCAACUUUUAUUCGCGCUCUAUCACAAUAUCAGCAUCCCCUCUCUCCGAACUCUUCAGACCAGGGCCGUAUUCACAACCAUCAUGCCUACCAUUGGCCCUAUCCGGGACCAGAACUUCGACGACAACAUACGUGCCCUCAUUCUUAAUACCCGCAUCGGCAUGACAUCACCCCGCGGUGUGAGUUUGAUGGUUGACGAGAUGGCAAUUGAAGAGAUGGCCGUGCACUACAGCCAGUACAACAAGAUAGGUGGUCUAUGUUGGAAACACUCUAACCUUAUAGACCCCGUCCUUCGCACAUAUGAUUCGGCUAUCCGGAUAGCACAGAAAAUUCACGACGGAGAUGUCCACCUUGGAAAGGAAGUCACAGUCCUUGGCGCCGCAUGUUUUGGAGAGGACGAGCUAUAUCCAAUUUUAGUCGCGCCGACCUGUAAAACUGAGGACACUGCAGAUAUGGAGAGUAUCCUAGCUCGCGCUAUACAGCGCUGGAGUGCCUCAGGUGCCAAUGAUGCAGUCGGACCAGUGUGGUCUGUCGCGACCGACGGUGAUGCUACCCGCAGAGCAGCAGGUCACAAGCUUUUCCUCAAGAACCCGCUCUCCUCCGAGUCUCCUUUAUACGGCAUACUCUCCAACAUUCCUGGUCUCAAUACAUUCACAGGGGAUGCCGAGAUCACGUUGGAUUUCGAUACGAAGCAUAUCAUCAAGCGUUACUGCACGCUCAUCCGCUCUCCAGGAGGUAUAACUCUUAACAAUGGACGUGUCAUUAACGCCAUGAUGCUCUCACGUUAUCUCGUCUGGUUGCCCGCUUAUGACGAAGCCAGCGUCACCAAACUGCUUCAUCCAGACGAUCCGCAAGAUGUCCCUCGAGCUGUGGAGCUCAUGCUGGCCAUCAUUGAGUUCUCCAAGUCGCAGCAGUCCAUUGUCCAGGACCCAUUUUCCGCUGAUGUCGACACACGCGCUGACAUCAUAUCAAUUGCAGUUCUGAGCAGCGUCCUCGAGUCCAUCAUCCUUCCGUUCACCGACGUCAACCUCUCGCUCACGGAGCAAAUCCAAUACCUUAGCCGCCUUGCACAUCUUACAUUCACAUUAUUUCGCUCUCACCGACGCUCAUUCCUAUCAUAUCAAUUGUACUACGACACGCACACCAUGCUGAAGAACGUCAUCUUCUGCGUCUCCAAACAGCAAAUUCUUGAUCCGCAGGCUUCUUUUUUUCUCGGCGAUACAGGAGACGAUCGGUUAGAAGUUCAUUUCGGUCGCACCCGCAUGAUAGGCGGGCAUAAUUCGGCAUGCACAUUUUCUCAAGUCAUUGAUCGUUUGGGUGCCGCCAAGGAUAUUGAUGGUGUGUUCAAGCGGCAUCCCGCCCUUGAUCCAGGCCAUCGUCGUCUUAGGCUUGGCACCCGCCUUGAACAUGUUGACCACAUAAAUCGCGACAUGUGGUCUGGAGACAUUGUAUCUGGCCGAUGCGAUCUUCCGACAGCUUGGCGUAAUGGCCGUGAGAUGGCCCUUACCAUUUUUACUUCCACUCAGAUCGAUCCAGAACACUUCUCAUAUGACGACAUAUUCCGUGAUCCGUCUGUCGACAUGCUACGCCCUUUCGGUCAGAAUAAAUACCUUGGAAUUGCGGAUGACGACGCUGAAGAACCUGGCGCAAUCAUUGCUAUAGUGCCGCAGGUGAUAGCAUCUGGUGAUGACAGGCCUGAGGUAGAAGAAGACGCCGACGAACUAAUGUUAACAUUCGAGGAAGCGCUGACUGCAGAAUCCACAUCCAAUGCCCCCUCCGCUCAUCCCCCUCCUUGUCGUACAGAUCUUUCUGCCCCUCCAUUGCCACAGGGUCCAGGCAUACGCCCCGACGACUACCUUUUAUUUCAAGGUCGAUGGAUCCACAAGCAAACGAUCUGCCGCCUCGUCAUCAACAAGGACUUUAUCUCCAAGUCCAAUAAUCGAUUGGAGCGUGUCCGUUCGGGCUACACCAAAGUGAACAAGAGGAUCGAUAUGUCAGCGGGCCGUAUCACCGACAACAACCUUUUCCUCGUCGGUGAUAUUUUCCUUACCAUCAUUCGUUCAGGUCUUACUAUCUCUAUCGCUGUGCUUCGUUCAACGCUUCUUUCACUCAACACCGUCUCACGUGCUUCGAUCGACACGGCCGUCAUGCAAGCUUGUCGGACAACGGCCAAGAUAACUGGCCAGCUUCUCACCCUUAUUCCAUCCCAUCCCCCACCCGAUUCCGCUCAACAAUUCCUAUGGAACGGGGGCUAUGUCAAAGCCCGCUCCGUCGUCCAGGGCACAUCGGGAUCAAUCACGACCGAUCGUGUGGUCAUUGUCACUGUGCCUGGUUCCCUCGUGGAACCGAUCAAUCCCGAACCUACCUUCUUACGCCUUCGCAACGACAUCAAUACCGACGACUUCACGGAAAUUAACGGAGGCCAGAGCACUUGGCAAGUCUCGCAAUCCACACUCCAAGCUGCAUGCGAGCUCUUGUGGUUGAAGGCCGUGGAGACCAAAGUCCCUCUCAAGAGCAUAGUGUCAGUCACUCCUGCAGACAUCAAGACGUUCCCAUAUCAGUUGUCCAAUGGUAUGUUCUGUGUUUUCCUGUCGCGACUUAUACUGAUAUUUUUAGGUACUCCUGCAAUAAUUUCCGUCGAGGGAAGCAACCUAUUGACAGCCUCCGAAGGGGAGCGCAUUUCUACAUGCCCCCUUUGCCUGGCUAAGGUUACCGACAUGCGUUCGCAUACCGGCAUGCAUAUCCUUCGCUCACUCAGGAACACGCCCGAGGAGAUCACAUUGACAGAAAAGGUCGGCGCAGUUUUACCGUGUGGUUUCUGUGGCCGGUCUGGGCUGUCCGAAUGCUCGAUCACGAUCAAGGUGCCUUCAAGCGGUGCUCCAGUCUGGGAGACGAAAUGUGCAUACCAGCACCCAUUCAGAUACGGAUUCGCGGCGGGAGGGUCGAAAAAUAAACCAUGUCGCAAUGUCCCAGUCAAAUGUGAAUUGUGCCAUCCUCAGCUCCCUCCUGAACCCGGGCGAUCUUCAAGAAGGGUGCUGGCUGUCCCUGUGGAUGCAGUCUGGCGUUACAACCUGGCCGAGCACAUCGCCAUGGUACACGAGGAGUAUUUGGUCCCUGGGGACAAUCCAGGGCCUGGACCGGACGUUCACAGAGUUUCUUUGCCUGCUAGCAUGAAGGAGACGAUGAAGAUAACUGACCUUGAAUAC